UCUCUGUUUGCCUUGGAGCCGAAGAAGCCAAGUCACAACAACGAUGUGCAUAUGAAAAUGACGUGGAAUUAAAAGACAGAAAAACAGGAAACAUGGAAUUUCCAUUUUCAGUGAACAAUUUGCUUGGUUCCACGAUUUCAAAGUUGGACAACACUUUAACACCUUUCAGAAAAAAUGCUGAUGGAUACGAUGCAAGGCAAUUACGGAGACAGCUUAUUGAAGUCAUUGAUCGGAUGGGGGAAGCAUCUGCUAGGGCUCAGGGUCUUAGAACCAUCAUUACAACUGGAAGAAAACUGGAAUUAUCGGAUCAUACCCUGUAUGUUAUGCGAGAUGACCAGUUAAAUAACAACAAAGGUGCCGUAAUUGGAAUAUUGAAAAUUGGACAUAAAAAGUUAUUUGUGUACGAUACAAAAGGUCAUGUUCAUGAAAUGGAGCCAAUUUGUGUUUUGGACUUUUAUGUUCACGAGUCCAGGCAGAGAAUGGGGUGUGGCAAACUUUUAUUUGAGUACAUGUUGGAGGAACAGAAUAUUGAUCCUCGUCAUUUAGCCAUAGAUAAACCAUCCUUUAAAUUUAGCCAGUUUCUCUACAAGCACUAUAACCUGAAGGCAGAACUACCACAAGUCAAUAACUUUGUAGUAUAUGACGGUUUUUUCAAUGGACGAAAUUUGGACAAUAACUCAAGAGGGAGAAGAGGAUAUUCUAGGCCUCCUUUACAUCCAAACUCAAAUUACAAUAACUCUGAGGUCAAGGCUGGUAGAAGACAAGGAUCAAGUAACUAUAGAUACAGAAGCUCCCCAUCUAGUCAACUAGAAUCAGACAGUUAUCAGCCCUCACAUCGCUCAUCCCCACGGCGUGGGGAAAACAUGACCCCAGAUCUGAACCCCACUCCUCCCAGAGCUCCAUCACAUAUGGAAGUUUUGGAGAGACUUAUGAGUGACAGAGACAAAUUCCAAGAUAUAAGGGGUCCCUCUCCCUCCACCAAACACAGAGCUUAUGGUGCAAGUGCUUCACAAUAUAGUCGGCACACCGAAACACCCCCUGAAGCAGACUUACGACCUAAUACCACCUCUUUGCUCAACUUACAAAUCAGGGGUGCAGGGGGAAGAGGAAGUCGCCUCUCUGCAGACAGGAAUCAGAACUCCGAUGGCAGUGGUACUCCACCUCUACUACAGAGAGAACCUCCCCUCAACUUCCAGGAAAAAGUUAAUCUUCAUCAGGAUUACAUGGGAAGAAAUGGUCGUCUCAGAGUAACAAAAGGAAUUCCUUCCAGUUUACCGUCCAUCAACAAUAAUCAAAACAAUAUCCAGAAUGGUGACAAUCCAGGGAAAAACAUUCUAGCAGGAAUUCCCUCCCCUUGGAAAGGACAUUUUCCUACCAACAGCAAUUGGACAGUGUAUGGAACACCCAAUAACUAUCAAACUAUAGGUUCUAGACAUUAUAGCCAUACAAGACUGUGGUAAUUAAGAAGAGGUGAUCGAAAUACAGAUUCAAAGUUAUAUGCUUUCCCAGAAGCAUUUUCAAGUCAGAUGCAUGCAAUGACUAGGGAUGUCAAAAAUUGCAUUUUCCUUAAAGCUAAUAGUCCAUACAGUAAGUUAAAGCAGACAUUGAUGAGAUCUCUGGUAUAGACACAACAUAUGAAUUAAAAACGCUUAAGUAUAUCAUUGAUAUCAGUUUUUUCAAUAAAAUUAGUAUGUAAUUUUUAUCAAGUACCUUUUGUACUAAUUGUUAAAGACGAAAAACACACCAGAAAAAUCUUAUAUGGAUGGAAAGUGGAGGGUUAAUACAGUAAUAUUUUGAAAUUGAAAAGUUUCAAAUUUUCCUUAUUCAGUUUUAAAAAAUGCAGUUUUAGUAGAAAUAAAGUAUUUCUAAAAAAAAAAAAAAAAAAAAAAAGAAUUUAAAACCCCUGCCAGUGAUUUUUCUACUUUUUUCAUAAGGAGCCUGGACCUUUACGAUUGGGAAAAUUCUUUCUUUUAAAUUUUUAGAUGAUUGGUCUUUGUUUAAGUGAAAAAUACACAUUAAAAUAUGCCGUAUGUAAAAAUUCAAUUUAACAAAAACAAUUGGAUAAAGAAGGCAAUUUCAACUGGGAAAAAUUGGUAGUUUUUGAUAGGGGAUAAAGCCUAGCUGUAUUCGGACGUAAAUUGGAUGUAGAAAAAUCAGUGCUUGCUAGACUCGAAUGCACGAACUACAGAUCAGCAGUCAACACAUAUCAAAGGGCUACUGAGGUACCCUGAGUUAGGCAGUUAGAUUUAAAAACAAUAUGCAUAUAUUGCUGAUAUUUAUAAUUUUCAAAAGGAAGUCAGUCAUUAUGAUAAUGUAUUAUUCCUCCUUAAAGGUUUGAAAAAAAAUAAAAGAAUUGCUAAGUAUAUGUAUAGUGGUGGUAUUUGCAUUCAAAUUUUGAUUAGUGCUAUUUUUCAUCAAUUGUUUUGGUUGUGUGCAGUUUGAUUUCUUUCAGCAGACUGUUGGCUACACACGUUUGAUCAUAAAUGGAUAAAUUUUUGCAUAUCUUUUUUUUUGAAACAGAUUGCCGUAAUUUAAAAAAAACAUUUUUUCAUUCAGAUAGCUAUAAAGGACAGAAUUUAUUACUUACACUAAGAAGCAGCUGUGUUAACAACACUGCAGAUUAUUGUAAAGCUUUACUUUGUAUUCAAUAUACAUGUAAUAGUACAUAUUUAUGUGAGCUGUCGAUGCUUUUCAUUAUCAUGUGCAAUGAUGAAAUGUAUAUGUCUCAAAAUGCUUUUCUUGUUGGAGUUCUUCGAGAGAGAAAAACUCAAUAUUUGUAAAUGUGCUAUCAUAAGUACUGUUCUUUAAUACUUGUUUAUUUUCUUCAUGAAGAGCAACUUAAAUCUUAAUCUGAUAGUCAGCAUCUUGCAGGAACUCAGAUCAUGUGUCUUGUGACUUCUCUGAACAUUAACCUCUAUUCUGAAACACUAGUUCGCUAUUGUACCAAAUGACUAGUCAGUUCAUCUGCUCGCCUCAUGUCAUCAAAUUCUACAUUAAAUACCAGUUCUGAAACUAUUUUGUUUAAUUUACAAGUUGAUGCAGACAGAAAAAUCAUUUAAGGUAACUCCAUACUCCCAUUAUUAUCUGAUAAAAGAAUUUAUUUCCAUUUAUUAGAGUUAAUAUAUAAGUAAUCACAUUUUAAGGUGUGAGACAUACGUAAACAGAAUCAGAUGCCAAUGUCAGAAAAUUAAUUGUUAUUUUCCUUAAACAGCAUGAACAAAAUUUCACAAAAACUGGUUAUAAUGAUAUAAUAGUAUUCAUAACAAUUUCAUGAAACUUUUUCUUUACAAAAUGUCUGUGAAAAAUAAAGGAAAUCUAUCGUAUAAUGGACAAAUACAGAGUUAUUGCCCUUGGAUUAAAUAUUUUUUAACACAUCAUUGAUUAUUCAUGUAUAUAUAACUUAGACUUUUCAAAUAUUUCAUGUUUAACAAGAAUUUUUACAAUAACUCUCGAAAAAGACUCCCACAAAAUCUAAGUUCUUAUCAUGCAUAAAUCUAAAUAAAUCAUUGAUUUUGCAAAAUCUUCUGAUGUCACAUGAGGGUGGAAUUACUUAAUGCAGAAAAUAAUUUCAGUGAAAAAAAAAGAUUAUCUUUUUAGAGCUUCACUCAGAAGCAGCUGACAUGAUAAUUUUGAAACUGCCUCCCAGUGUCUUCUUUUGAUAAAUGUAGUUUAUGUAACAGUAUUGUUUUUCUUUGUAUAGUUUGUAUACUGGUACACGUUCAGGCAUUUGUAUAUCUAUCUAUCUCUACUGUUAUAGUACUGAUGAAUGAAUUCACGUUUGUAUUCAUAUCUAUGUUCCAUUAUUUCAGUGGUGCUGUGUUUAAAAAUUUUUUGAAAUUGUUAAAAAAUCAAAUAUUGAAAAUUAAAACAACUCAAUGAAAAUCUACAUAUAUUGUAUAUUUCACGGAGUAGUGUCUUAAUUUCUGCACACAAUACUCUGCUGGGGUUAUGAUGUACCUUAAUUUUCAAAUAGUGCAUAUACAUCUGUGUACUCAUAAAACAUAAUCAAUAAUUGUUUUUCAAUAUUGAUUCUGUCAAAUAUCAAAGAUUGCAUGCAUUGGAAUUGUGGGUUGUUUUUUUGAUUGGAAUAAACAUGUAUAGGAAUGACUUGGUGAACACUUUGAAUGUGCAUUAUGUGCUUCUGUCUCCCUCAUGGUUGUUCAUGGUUGACAUGAGAUUCAUUAGUCACUGACUCAAACUUUUUAAUUGCUAUAUGCAAAGUAUUAGUUGUGUUUAUCACUUUUUGAGGCUGUGAAGGUGAGAUAUAAGGAAACUUUUUUAUUUUAAUAAUAUAUAAGAGUGUUUCCAAGCAUCAUUAUUGUAACAAACAUAUUAUCAGAUCUUUUGUUUUUUCAACUGUGUUCAAGUUAUAUAUUAAGCACUGCUGGCUACUGACCUUGUUAGGUUUUCAUAGUAUAUAUCACAAAAUUAUUUUUUUUAAAAUGUGCAUAUUACAAGAUGUUCAAUGGUUAAUUAUUAAAUCAUUUUUGCAACACAAUUAUUUUACUUAUAUGUAUAUAGAUGAUCUCUGACUAUCUGAUAAUAAGGAUCUUAACAUUACAAUGGAUCAAAAUCCCCUUCAAGAGGCACGUGGACCUUCACAUGCAGUCGCCCGAGUAUCGCACACAAAAACCUUGCGUGUAUACAAGAACUGUUGCAUGUUAAUGAUGCAGUGAGUGCAUCUUUCACACCUGGAAAAUGGAAUGGACAGAUUUUGUAAUCUAUAUCACCAAGUGCAUCUUUGUGCCAAGUGCAAGUUAAUUCUAAUGUCUCUGUUACAAUGUUAUUGCCUAAAUCAUAAGCUAAAUAGGAUUGAACAAAAGGUGGACCUGUAAAGACAGACAUGACAUUAUACAGCUGUAAUAUCUAAUUGUUUCCUGCAGGGACUAUAUAUAUAUAUAGCUAUUGGAUCAACUUAAUUAUACAGCUGUAAUAUCUAAUUGUUUCCUGCAGGGACUACAUUGCUUAAUCAACUUAAUUAUUUUGCUACAUGUACAUUUCCAAGAAAAAAUGAGAAGCCUAUAGUCUUGAAAAUAGGAUGGGUUUUUUUUUAACCACUAGGUGAUUCAUAUAUAGCCCUACCCUAGGGAAUGAACCUAUUACUCAGAACUUUCAAUCUUCAACCCAUUAUAAUUGAGUCUGUGGUAGAAGUUCAGUCUAGUUGUGUGAUGCCCAGGAUUUUAGGAGAUUCACUAUGAGCCAUAGAACUUUGACCUAACAUCAAAGGUCUCGACCUAGGUCAUUUUUAAGAUGGAAGACUGGCUUUUCUCCUCUUUUUACUACAUGUACAUGUUUUAAGAGUUAAAAAUAUAAAUAAACAAAUUUACACUAUAUACAUGUACAUGUAAGCCUUUUAAGAUCGAGCCCUGUCUUACUACAAUAAUCCUUGACCCAAGUGGUGAUGAGUUAGGCCAGUUUAUUUCACAAUUUGCAUAGGUUUUUCUCCUCAUUACUAUGUACUCAGUUUGGUUAAUAAUGUCCAGUAGUACAUGUAUUACAAAAAUAAUACAUUAUCACUGUUACUAAGGGCUUUGGAGCCCUACCCUGGGCUAGUACUAAAAUCCCUUACUCAGGGACCAUGAUUUUUUCAAUCUUAGAAGAGGAUUCAUUUGUUCUUUUUUUAUUACUAAUUUGCACUCAGUUUGGUCGUGUUUGACAUCAAGAAUUCAAGAAGACUCAAAAUUCAAUUUACACAUGUUCACUAUAUAAAGCUCCAUCUUAGCCCCAGAGCUUUCUUUAUAACUGCAUGUACUGUUUACUUGUGAUCAGUGUAGUUGUGUCAGAUGCCCAGAAAUUUUCAAAGUAACACUGUAUAAUUUUCACUCUAUAACCAUUAACCCCAGACCCAUGCACUGAGGGAUCAUAAAUUUCACACCUGUGUAGUAGCUAUCAUUUCAUUAUUAUAUUUUCAAAGAAAUAUUAUUUUCACUACAUGAAUCAUAAACCCCUGCCUUUGAUAGCAUCAGAACCCCAUGCUGACCCAGAUACCAACUGAAUUCUCAAUUUUGGAAUCAGUGUAUGGAGCGCCAGAUUAAAUUAACAUUAAAAAUUCAAACAAUUGAAGAUAUCGUUAACUAUUUGAAUAUAUCAUCAAUUUAAUUGUUGCUCUCUUCAAAUCAAUAUCAUUAAUCAAUGAUGCACAAUCAUAAAUUCUUAAUUUAGGAAGAGCACAGUUCUAUCUGAGAUAUCGUAAAGAUUCUGAUCAUUAAAUCAUUUAUAAUACCCAUCUCUAAAUUAAUUAAUUUUAAUUCAAAGUUUGAAUUCAUGAGCAAUAUUUCAACCACAUUCAUGUACACAUCAAUUAAAUUGAUGAUUGCAUCAAUUAAAUUAAUGCAUGUGCGUCAAAUCAAUUAUUGUGCACAAUAAUUGAUGUGUGCAUAAUUGAUAUGGCGAGAGCAAAUAUUGUUUUGAUGCAUGCAUCAAUUCAGUUACUGCACACAAUAAUUGAAUUUAUGAUACAUGUAUCUUGAAAUGAUUUAAAGGUAUCUUCAUGCAGUUGUUUGAGUUUAUGUUAAUAUGGCUCUCCGUACUUAUCACACCAGCUGAACAAGAUAAACACCAUAUGGAGGUGAUAAUGGAAUAUUGCUACAAAGAUAUAGGAAGUUGACGAUGGAGAAGCUGAGUCAUAAAGUCAUAUUGUAAACAUUAGUUUGCCAUUGACAUCGAAGAUAUGGAAGACUCUGGUGUCUUAUUUAGAGUUCACUGGGAUAUUUCAAAUCGAUAUAUGAAUGAAAAUGAGCAAUUUUUAAGGAGGGAUGCUGAACCAUAGAAAUUUGAUGCGGAUGAAAAGUGGAGGAUAUGUACAACAAUAUUUUGAAAUUGAAAACUUUCAAACUUACUAUAUUUAGUCAAAAAAUGCAGUUUUAGUGGUAAGAAAUCUGAAUAAAAAAUUAAAAACCCUGCUGGACUCGAACCCGUGAUCUACAUUUCAGCAAUCAACGUAUUAAACUGCUGAGCUACUCCGCAAGGCAUGCAAUGAUACGACAAAGAUAUUGCUGAUAUUUAUAUUUUCAUUCAUGUUUUAAAAGGAAUUCAGCCAUUAUGACAUUGUAGAGUACCUCCUUAAGGUAAUCUGGGACAUCAAAAAGACAAACAGUGUGUAUAUUCAUGAUUUAGCAAGAAGGCCACUAUAAAAUUCAUGAAAAUUCAUUGCCAAGUCAUCAGAGUUCUGGUUCUAGGGUGGGUAAAUUCAUAUAGUGAAAUGCAUUAUAUCUUUGAAAAUCUGCAAACUGAGCACAUAAAAAUAGUAGAAAGACAUAAAAAUAGUAGAAAGAGCAGAUUUAUGGAGUUUUGUAAAUGCUUUGGUCAUUAUAUAACGCAAGUUAUCACUGGGUCGAAUGCUGUCUGAUGUGUUUCAUACCAAUUGUUACGUCAUUUUUUUUACAUACUGAUUUUGACUACAGAUUGCUCCAUUUACAUGAUCAAGAUAUAGGGCACAGCAAGUGUGACAGGUCAAUAUGAGAUUUUUACUCCUCCUAAGCACCUGAUCCCACCUCUGGUAAGUUCAGGGGUCCGUGUUUGCCCUUUUCUUUUUUUGUAUUCUUUAUAGUGUAAUGGUUAGAUGGGUUCAAUCCCCAAUAGCCUGAUAGCUCAGUUGGUAGAGCACCUGACUGGAGAUUCAGGGGGCCUGGCUUCAAAUCCCUGUCUGGUUUCUUGCAUUUUCUCCCUUCCAGUAGCAGUUUGUGCAAUUGACCACCCUGGACUUGCAGUUGAAAGUCCUGUCAGGGGCAAAAAGAAUCUGGGUUGUAUGUCUUCGAUGGCAAAGACAAUUUAAGGAGGAAGGAAUGUAGUGGUCAGACAGGUUCGGUCGCUGGUGGUCAGAUAUCACCUUACUGGAGAUUCAGGGGGCCCAGGUUCGAGUUUUGGCAUCUCAACGUCCUCCAGCUUCACUGGAAUAAUGCAGUUUCUUUUUUCUUGGAUGUACUUUCGAAACGCUUCUUGUUCUUCAAACCAACACCAACCACUGUGUACAAAAUGUUGACUGAUCAACAUCACGAUUUUAUCUGACCCCUCCAUGGCAUUCGAGAUGUUUUCUACAAUUUCAGCUCCAGGAACGAAAUCACGGUCAGCAAAACAACAUUUUAUGCAAAAUCUUCUCUCAAUAUCCUCCAUCAAUUUUCUAGCUUCUUUUGUGUUUUCAGAACUGUAUACUAUGAAGAGAUCAUAUUUGUACUCCGUCAUCUUGAAUUUAACAGUUUAAAAC